AUGGAUGAUAGCUCUAAUUGUUUCAGCAGUUGUGUUGGUUUUGGCAAUAAUUAUUGGUCUCCUCGUUUAUUUUUUAGUAUUUGGUCAAGUAAUGAUGACUUGAAAGCAGAUGUAUUGCUAAAAUUUCGCUUUGUUUCUCGUAAUGCAAAUGCAAUAAAAAGUCAAGUUAAUAAUAUUUUGCAUCAGAAUUUUGAAUUAAAUGAAAGCUUCUUGAAGAUAAAUACUUCAUUACCUUAUCUUAGAGAUGUGAGUGAAGUACAAGCAGAGCACAUUUUGAACAGUGGUUGUGGCUUAGGAAAGGAGCUUCCAUCCAUGGAUAGGAUUGCUGAUGGUAAAAUUUCAAAGAAAGCUGAUUGGCCAUGGCAAGCCAGCCUGCAAAUAGAUGGCACUCAUUUCUGUGGAGCAUCUUUGAUUAGUGAAAAGUGGCUCCUCACUGCUGCUCACUGUUUUGACAUAAACAAAAACCCAAGAGUAUGGACAGUUAGUUUUGGAACAACUCUCAGUCCUGCACUAAUGCGAAGAGAAGUACAGUCAAUUGUCCUCCAUGAAAAAUAUGCUCCUCAUAAGCAUGAUGGUGAUAUUGCUGUGGUGAAGCUCUCCACCCCCGUGACAUUUUCAAGUAAUGUGCACAGAGUUUGUCUCCCGGAUACUAAUUUUGAAGUCAUGCCUGAAAAUAAAGUGUUUGUCACUGGAUGGGGAGCAUUGUCACCAGAUGGUUUUUACCCCAAUUCUCUGCGAGAGGUUGAACUAAAAAUUAUAAGUAAUGAUAAAUGUAAUCAAGUUGAUGUAUAUGGUGGUGCUGUGUCAUCAGGAAUGUUAUGUGCUGGAUUCCUAACAGGAAACCAUGAUGCCUGUGAGGGUGAUUCUGGAGGACCACUGGUUAUUUCUCAUAACAGAAAUAUUUGGUAUGUUGUUGGAAUUGUAAGCUGGGGAAUAGGCUGCGCAAAAGAAAACAAGCCUGGAGUCUAUACCAAAGUGACUCAUUACCGUGAUUGGAUUAAAUCUAAAACUAACAUCUGA